AUGUCUCUGCUUUGCGUUGGAGUCAAAAAAGCGAAGUUUGAUGGUGCCCAAGAGAAAUUCAACACCUACGUGACCCUGAAGGUGCAGAAUGUCAAAAGCACGACCAUCGCGGUCCGAGGCAGCCAGCCCAGCUGGGAGCAGGAUUUCAUGUUUGAGAUUAACCGCCUGGAUCUGGGGCUGACGGUGGAGGUAUGGAACAAGGGUCUCAUCUGGGACACGAUGGUGGGCACUGUGUGGAUCCCCCUGAGGACAAUCCGCCAGUCCAAUGAAGAGGGCCCUGGAGAGUGGCUGACCCUGGACUCGCAGGUCAUCAUGGCGGACAGUGAGAUCUGCGGCACCAAGGAUCCCACCUUCCACCGCAUCCUCCUUGACACCCGCUUUGAGCUGCCCUUAGAUAUCCCCGAAGAGGAGGCCCGUUACUGGGCCAAGAAGCUGGAGCAGCUGAAUGCCAUGCGGGACCAGGAUGAGUAUGCAUUCCAGGAUGAACAAGACAAGCCUCUUCCCGUUCCCAGCAAUCAGUGUUGCAACUGGAAUUAUUUUGGCUGGGGUGAGCAGCAGAAUGAUGACCCUGACAGUGCAGUGGACGAUCGCGACAGUGACUACCGCAGUGAGACAAGUAACAGCAUCCCGCCACCCUACUACACUACGUCCCAGCCCAAUGCCUCAGUCCACCAAUAUUCCGUGCGCCCACCACCCCUGGGUUCCCGGGAAUCCUACAGUGACUCCAUGCACAGCUAUGAGGAGUUCUCCGAGCCGCGGGCCCUCAGCCCCACAGGCAGCAGCCGCUACGCCUCCUCAGGGGAGCUGAGCCAAGGCAGUUCGCAGCUGAGCGAGGACUUCGACCCGGAUGAGCAGAGUCUGCAGGGCUCUGAGCUGGAGGACGAGCGGGACCGGGACUCCUACCACUCCUGCCACAGCUCGGUCAGCUACCACAAGGACUCGCCGCGCUGGGACCAGGAUGAGGACGAGCUGGAUGAGGAGCUGGAUGAAGAGCUGGAUGAGGACCUGGAGGACUUCUUGGAGGAGGAGGAGCUACCUGAAGACGAGGAGGAGCUGGAGGAGGAGGAGGAGGUGCCGGAUGACAUCCGAGGCUACGCCAUGCGAGAGGAGGUGGCUGUGGCCGAGCCCAGGGACUUCAAGCGUGUCAGCCUUCCACCUGCCGCCUCCGAGAAGGAGGACAAGGCUCCAGCCAUGCCCACUGAGGCCCCCGACGUACCCAAGGUGGCCCCCGAGCCAGCCGUGCCUGCGGAAGCGCCUGCAUCUGAGCAGGAGCCUGAGGCCCCCAAGGCUGAGGAGAGUUUCAGGCCCCGAGAAGGUGAGGAAGGCCAAGAGGGUCAGGACUCCGUGUCCAGAGCCAAGGCCAACUGGCUGCGAGCCUUCAACAAAGUGCGGCUGCAGCUGCAGGAGGCCCGGGGAGAAGGAGAAAUGUCCAAGUCCCUGUGGUUCAAAGGCGGCCCUGGCGGUGGUCUCAUCAUCAUUGAUAGCAUGCCGGACAUCCGCAAGAGGAAGCCAAUCCCACUCGUGAGCGACCUGGUGAGCUCCCUGGUCCAGUCCAGAAAAGCAGGCAUCACCUCCGCCUUGGCAUCCAGCACUUUGAACAACGAAGAGCUGAAAAAUCACGUUUACAAGAAGACCCUGCAAGCCUUAAUCUACCCCAUCUCAUGCACGACGCCGCACAACUUCGAGGUGUGGACGGCCACCACACCCACCUACUGCUACGAGUGUGAGGGGCUGCUGUGGGGCAUCGCGCGGCAGGGAAUGCGCUGUACCGAGUGCGGUGUCAAGUGCCACGAGAAGUGCCAGGACCUGCUCAACGCGGACUGUCUGCAGCGGGCGGCGGAGAAGAGCUCCAAGCACGGGGCGGAGGACAGGACGCAGAACAUCAUCAUGGUGCUCAAGGACCGCAUGAAGAUCCGGGAGCGCAACAAGCCCGAGAUCUUCGAGCUCAUCCAGGAGAUCUUCGCGGUGACCAAGACUGCGCACACGCAGCAGAUGAAGGCGGUCAAGCAGAGCGUGCUGGACGGAACAUCCAAGUGGUCGGCCAAGAUCAGCAUCACUGUGGUCUGCGCCCAGGGUUUGCAGGCAAAGGACAAGACGGGAUCCAGUGACCCCUAUGUCACCGUCCAGGUCGGGAAGACCAAGAAACGGACAAAAACCAUCUAUGGAAACCUGAACCCAGUGUGGGAGGAGAACUUUCACUUUGAAUGCCACAACUCCUCAGACCGAAUCAAGGUGCGCGUCUGGGAUGAGGACGACGAUAUCAAAUCUCGAGUGAAGCAGCGGUUCAAGAGGGAAUCCGAUGAUUUCCUGGGUCAGACGAUCAUCGAGGUGCGGACACUCAGUGGCGAGAUGGACGUGUGGUACAACCUGGACAAGAGGACUGACAAAUCUGCUGUGUCAGGCGCCAUCCGGCUACACAUCAGUGUGGAGAUCAAAGGUGAAGAGAAGGUGGCUCCGUACCACGUCCAGUACACCUGUUUGCACGAGAACCUGUUCCACUUCGUGACAGAUGUGCAGAACAAUGGGGUCGUGAAGAUCCCAGAUGCCAAGGGUGACGACGCCUGGAAAGUUUACUAUGAUGAGACAGCCCAGGAGAUUGUAGAUGAAUUUGCCAUGCGCUAUGGCGUCGAGUCCAUCUACCAAGCCAUGACCCACUUUGCCUGCCUCUCUUCCAAAUACAUGUGUCCCGGGGUGCCUGCCGUCAUGAGCACCCUGCUUGCCAACAUCAACGCCUAUUAUGCUCACACCACCGCCUCCACCAACGUGUCUGCCUCCGACCGCUUCGCCGCCUCCAACUUUGGGAAAGAGCGCUUUGUGAAGCUCCUGGACCAGCUGCAUAACUCCCUGCGGAUCGACCUCUCCAUGUAUCGGAAUAACUUCCCAGCCAGCAGUCCAGAGAGACUCCAGGACCUCAAAUCCACUGUGGACCUUCUCACCAGCAUCACCUUCUUUCGGAUGAAGGUACAAGAACUCCAGAGCCCACCCCGAGCCAGCCAGGUGGUGAAGGACUGUGUGAAAGCCUGCCUCAACUCUACUUAUGAGUACAUCUUCAACAACUGUCAUGAACUCUACAGUCGAGAGUACCAGACUGACCCGGCCAAGAAAGGGGAAGUUCCCCCGGAGGAACAGGGCCCCAGCAUCAAGAACCUCGACUUCUGGUCCAAGCUGAUCACUCUCAUAGUGUCCAUCAUUGAGGAAGACAAAAAUUCGUACACUCCUUGCCUCAACCAGUUUCCCCAGGAAUUGAACGUGGGUAAAAUCAGCGCUGAAGUGAUGUGGAAUCUGUUUGCUCAGGAUAUGAAGUAUGCAAUGGAGGAGCAUGAUAAGCAUCGCCUGUGCAAGAGUGCCGACUACAUGAACCUCCACUUCAAGGUCAAAUGGCUCUACAAUGAGUAUGUGGCUGAGCUGCCUGCCUUUAAGGACCGAGUGCCCGAGUAUCCUGCGUGGUUUGAGCCCUUUGUCAUCCAGUGGCUGGACGAGAAUGAGGAAGUGUCCCGAGAUUUCUUGCAUGGAGCCCUGGAGAGAGACAAGAAGGAUGGGUUCCAGCAGACUUCAGAGCAUGCUCUGUUCUCCUGCUCCGUGGUGGAUGUCUUCUCCCAGCUCAAUCAGAGCUUUGAGAUCAUCAAGAAACUCGAGUGUCCUGACCCCCAGAUUGUGGGGCACUACAUGAGGCGCUUCGCCAAGACCAUCAGUAAUGUGCUCCUCCAGUAUGCAGACAUCAUCUCCAAGGACUUCGCUUCCUACUGCUCCAAGGAGAAGGAGAAAGUGCCCUGCAUCCUCAUGAAUAACACUCAGCAGCUGAGAGUUCAGCUGGAGAAGAUGUUCGAAGCCAUGGGAGGGAAGGAGCUGGAUGCCGAGGCCAGUGACAUCUUGAAGGAGCUACAGGUGAAACUCAACAACGUCUUGGAUGAGCUCAGCCGGGUGUUUGCUACCAGCUUCCAGCCGCACAUUGAAGACUGUGUCAAGCAGAUGGGUGACAUCCUUAGCCAGGUGAAAGGCACAGGCAAUGUGCCAGCCAGUGCCUGCAGCAGCGUGGCCCAGGAUGCUGACAAUGUGCUACAACCCAUCAUGGACCUGCUGGAUAGCAACCUCACUCUCUUUGCCAAAAUCUGUGAGAAGACGGUGCUGAAGCGGGUGCUGAAGGAGUUAUGGAAGCUGGUCAUGAACACCAUGGAGAAGACCAUCGUCCUGCCACCCCUCACUGACCAGACGGGCACCCAGAUGAUCUUCAAUGCAGCCAAGGAGCUGGGUCAGCUAUCUAAACUCAAGGACCACAUGGUACGAGAAGAAGCCAAGAGCUUGACCCCGAAGCAGUGUGCAGUUGUUGAGCUGGCCCUGGACACUAUCAAGCAAUACUUCCAUGCAGGUGGAGUGGGCCUCAAGAAAACUUUCCUGGAGAAGAGCCCAGACCUGCAGUCCUUGCGCUACGCGCUGUCCCUCUACACGCAGGCCACCGACCUGCUCAUCAAGACAUUCGUGCAGACGCAGUCGGCCCAGGUCCAUGGUGGAAAAGGGACUAGGUUUACCCUUAGUGAAGACAUUUAUCCUGAGAAGGGCUCGGGUGUGGAAGACCCUGUGGGUGAAGUCUCCGUCCACGUAGAGCUCUUCACUCAUCCAGGAACUGGGGAACACAAGGUCACAGUGAAAGUGGUGGCUGCCAAUGAUCUCAAGUGGCAGACUUCUGGCAUUUUCCGGCCAUUCAUCGAGGUCAACAUCAUUGGGCCCCAGCUCAGUGACAAGAAACGCAAGUUUGCGACCAAAUCCAAGAACAACAGCUGGGCCCCCAAGUACAAUGAGAGCUUUCAGUUCACGCUAAGCGCUGACACUGGCCCUGAGUGCUACGAGCUGCAGGUGUGCGUCAAGGACUACUGCUUCGCGCGCGAAGACCGCACGGUGGGGCUGGCCGUGCUGCAGCUGCGCGAGCUGGUCCAGCGCGGGAGCGCCGCCUGCUGGUUGCCCCUUGGCCGCCGCAUCCACAUGGACGACACGGGCCUCACGGUGCUGCGCAUCCUGUCGCAACGCAGCAACGACGAGGUGGCCAAGGAAUUCGUCAAGCUCAAAUCUGACACGCGCUCCGCCGAGGAGGGCGGUGCGGCGCCUGCCCCCUAG